AUGCCCGACGCCGGCUCCGACCCGCCGUGCCCGCACGGGGAGCGGCAGUACCUGGGGCAGCUCGAGCACAUCCUCCGCAGCGGGGUCCGCAAGGAGGACCGCACGGGCACCGGCACCCUGUCGGUGUUCGGCAUGCAGGCGCGCUACAGCCUGCGAGAUGAAUUUCCUCUGUUAACAACCAAACGUGUAUUCUGGAAAGGUGUUUUGGAAGAGUUGCUAUGGUUUAUCAAGGGAUCCACAAAUGCUAAUGAACUGUCGUCUAAGGGAGUGAAAAUCUGGGAUGCCAACGGGUCCCGAGAUUUCUUGGACAGCCUGGGAUUCUCCGCCAGAGAAGAAGGGGAUUUAGGCCCAGUUUAUGGCUUUCAGUGGAGGCAUUUUGGGGCAGAAUACAAAGAUAAAGAUUCAGAUUAUUCAGGUCAAGGAGUAGACCAGCUGCAAAAAGUGAUUGACACCAUCAAAACCAACCCAGACGACAGAAGAAUCAUCAUGUGUGCUUGGAAUCCAAAAGAUCUCCCUCUCAUGGCCCUACCUCCAUGCCACGCCCUUUGCCAGUUCUAUGUGGUGAACGGUGAGCUCUCCUGCCAGCUGUACCAGAGGUCAGGAGACAUGGGCCUGGGCGUGCCCUUCAACAUUGCCAGCUACUCUCUACUCACCUACAUGAUCGCACACGUCACCGGUCUGAAGCCUGGUGACUUUGUACAUACUUUGGGAGAUGCACAUAUUUACUUGAAUCACAUUGAGCCGCUGAAAGUGCAGCUUCAGCGAGAACCAAGACCUUUCCCAAAGCUCAAAAUACUUCGGAAAGUUGACAAAAUUGAUGACUUCAAGGCUGAAGACUUUCAGAUUGAAGGCUACAAUCCUCAUCCGUCUAUUAAAAUGGAAAUGGCAGUUUAG